GAAGAAGAACCGGAAGUGUACUGUCGGCCUGCUAACUCCUGUACAGCGUACAUCUCUAACUAGUUCUUCUACCUCUCACGUUUAGCUGUCUAGCAACUGCAAGAAUGUCAGAAAGAAAAGUUUUAAAUAAAUACUACCCUCCGGACUUUGAUCCGGCCAAAAUCCCUAAACUUAAACUGCCCAAAGAUCGACAGUAUGUGGUCAGAUUGAUGGCACCAUUCAACAUGAGGUGUAAAACAUGUGGCGAGUACAUCUACAAGGGAAAGAAGUUCAAUGCACGUAAAGAGACUGUCCAGAAUCAACUAUACAUGGGACUCCCCAUCUUCCGCUUUUACAUCAAAUGCACUCGCUGCCUAGCGGAGAUUACCUUCAAGACCGACCCGGAGAACACGGACUAUGCCAUGGAGCACGGCGCCACCCGAAACUUCCAGGCGGAGAAGCUCAUCGAAGAGGAGGAGAAGCGAAUCCAGCAGGAGCGAGAGGAUGAGGAGCUCAACAACCCUAUGAAGGUGCUAGAGAACCGCACGCGGGAUUCCAAAAUGGAGAUGGAGGUGCUGGAGAACCUCCAGGAACUGAAGGAGCUGAACCAGAGGCAGGCCCAGGUGGACUUUGAGGGGAUGCUCGGCCAGUACAGAGAGCUGGAGGAGAGAGAGAGGGAGCGCGAGAUAGAAGAGGACGAGCGGGAGACCAAAGACAUGCUGGAGCGAGCGCUGGUGAAGAGACUGCGAGACUCGGACUCUGAGAAUGAAGAGGAGAGCAACAGCAGCAGCAGAGACGUCCAGUCACAGGAAACCUCCGACACGGACAAGCCGACAGACAUCCUCACAGCUGACAAACCCACAGAAACAAACGGGGCCAUCACAGUAAAGAAGGCCAAGGUGGAGAGCUGGGAGAAAAGUGUGGGGACGCUGGGUGCCGCUGGCGCUCUUGGAUCACUCGUCGUGCGCAAGAAAUCGGCGGUGACGAGUCAAAUGAAGACUGCCAACGCUAGCUCGCUAAUGGACACAAAGUCAUCGCCAUGUGCCAGCAGCACAGCUAGCAUGUCAACUCCUUGUGCAGCCACCCCAAACGGGUCUUCCUCGCUCAGCCUGCUGGGUGCUUAUUCAGACAGUGAGAGCAAUGACAGCGAAUGAGGAUCAAUUUUCACAUGUACAUGUAUGAAACCAUGCCAUUCAGUAAAUAUAUUUGUGUUUUAAUAAAUUCUGUUUGAAUCUAA